AUUGCUACAAAUUCUCAAGUGUAGGAUCCUUCUUGUUGUUAACCAGCAGCAGUUCACUGGGUGCAUACUAAUAGUUCUCAUCACGUGCAUCGCGACGCCGCGGAGGCUUGGCGUAAACUUUUAUGUUGGGGCAGCGCGCCGGACCACCACCAUCUCGACGGACAUCCCAUCUCCAAUUCCAAUUCCCUCAUUUUCGUUUCUUCAUUUCCCUCUUUGAUCUGCAGUCAUGUCGGGCAUGUUCUCUCGCCAAUUGUGGCGCACCAGCCGCCUCGCCCUCCGAUCCAACAAGUACAGCAACCCCGUCCAGCAAGCUCUCGGAGCCCAGGGCACCAGCAGAUAUGUCAACGGCGUGAGGAAUUAUGCUGCCGUUUUCCAGCGGGACAAGCCGCACGUCAACAUUGGUACCAUCGGUCACGUCGAUCACGGAAAGACCACUCUCACAGCCGCCAUCACGAAGCGCCAGGCAGAGAAGGGCAUGGCCAAGUACCUGGAGUACGGCGCCAUCGAUAAGGCCCCUGAGGAGCGGAAGCGUGGUAUCACCAUCGCCACGGCACACAUCGAGUACUCGACCGACAAACGCCACUAUGCCCACGUCGACUGCCCGGGUCACGCCGAUUACAUCAAGAACAUGAUUACUGGUGCUGCCAACAUGGAUGGCGCCAUCAUUGUCGUUGCCGCUUCCGACGGACAGAUGCCCCAGACGAGAGAACACUUGCUGCUUGCCCGCCAGGUCGGUGUCCAGAGAAUCGUCGUCUUCGUCAACAAGGUCGAUGCCAUUGAGGACAAGGAGAUGUUGGAGCUUGUCGAGAUGGAAAUGAGGGAACUUCUCUCCUCGUACGGUUUUGAGGGUGACGAGACCCCUAUCAUCAUGGGCUCGGCUCUGUGCGCCAUUGAGGGACGUGAACCCGAGAUUGGCGAGAAGAAGAUCGAUGAGUUGCUUGAGGCUGUCGAUACCUGGAUUCCCACUCCGGAGCGUGAUGUCGACAAGCCAUUCCUCAUGGCCGUUGAGGACGUCUUCUCCAUUGCCGGCCGUGGUACCGUCUGCUCUGGUCGCGUUGAGCGCGGUGUCCUGAAGAAGGACUCUGACGUCGAGCUUGUCGGAAAGGGUGUUGCCCCCAUCAAGACCAAGGUCACCGAUAUCGAGACCUUCAAGAAGUCCUGCGACGAGUCCCGCGCCGGUGACAACUCUGGUCUCCUUCUCCGUGGUGUCAAGCGUGAGGACGUCAAGCGCGGUAUGGUUGUUGCCAUUCCCGGAACCGUCAAGGCCAGCAAGAAGUUCCUGGUCUCCAUGUACGUCCUGACCAAGGAGGAAGGCGGCCGUCACACGGGCUUCGGCGAGAACUACCGUCCCCAGAUGUUCAUCCGGACUGCCGACGAGUCAGCACACCUGAGCUGGCCCGAGGGUGUGGAGAAGGACAAGCAGGUCAUGCCCGGCGACAACGUCGAGAUGGUCUGCGAGCUGCACCAGCCGCACGUCGUUGAACCCGGCCAGCGCUUCAACAUGCGUGAAGGUGGCCGCACCGUCGCGACCGGCCUUGUCACCCGCAUCCUUGAGUAAAUGCCAAAAUUGGAGCAUCUGUUCAUGAUUUUGUAAGGUUACGCCUACCGCCGGACUCGCCUUCUCGGACUGUAAGAUAAGUAAGAUAUGGCCGGGAGCUUCUUGUACAUUAUUUGGAACUGUGCAUACCCGCUCUCCGCUUUUCCAUGAUGUUUUUGCACAUGGAUUGUACUUUAGACACUUGUGCGGGAUGGGAUCUAGAAGUGCGGUUUGGAAGGCGUUAAGAGUCUUACUUGGGCGGAGGAAGAAGAUAGAUUAUCUAAUGACUUCUUACAUGCCUU